AUGUCGGAAGAAGAGAAGUCAUGCAGUUUUAUUGCCCGGGCAUUUUAUGGUCGAAAACGGAAAGCCACAAAGACCAUACUUCUACCAGAUAACUCAGAUGAUGAAGUUGAAAGUGAUAGCGAAGCUGACGAAGAUCAAGUUGAUGCAGAUUUUCUUCCAGAGGCGCAAUCAGAUGAUGAUAAUGACCAGGAUGAUUUGUAUGAUGAUGAGCCUGCUGGGGAUAUUGAAUCUACUACAUCCAAGCAAAAAAAGACACAACUUGUUAACAAAUGGACUUGGACCAAGAUCAAAUUGAUUCCUGGUGAAAUUGGCAAGGAUGUACAAUUUACUACAAGGGAUGAUGAAUUAACUCCACUGCAGUAUUUUAAAACACUUUUUGAUGAUGAAGUUAUAGAUUAUAUUGUAGAUCAAACUAACUUGUAUUUUGUACAAAGAUCAGUAUUUCAUCAAUUUUAA